ACCGGGUUGCCAGAUUGGACUAAAUACAUUCAAUUCAAUCACUCUUUAAAGCCUUCCUGAGUGACUAAAACAAUCCUAGACUUGGGAAAUCCGAUCUAAACUACAUUAUCGCCAUGAACACGAGGUUAUUUGUGUCCAGACUUAUGGACUGACGAAUGUCGCCUCAUUUUACGCGACUUGGCAACCCUGGACCCAUUGCAUACACAUGAUCUUCCUUGUUUUCCAACAUGGUAGUCGCGAGCUGAGAGAAAGAAGCAUAUGCAAAACUUUUACAGCACAGAACAGGUUUUAAAGGCUUUUGCACGAAACUAAGCGGCUUUAUUUUAGACUUUACUGCCUGAUCAUUGAGGGAAUAAAAGAUGCUGACGCCUCUUUCAGCUUUUCAGACUCGGUUAGCUGAUAUCAUGGAAACAUUGGCCAAAGCGGCGGUGGUAGAGAUCAGUAAACUUGUGGAGCUGGAAUGUAAAAUCCUCCUGUCUGAGGUGACCCGAGGUCAACACGAGAUCGACUUCCUGAGGAAGAGACUGCAGCUGAUGGAGAAACACAUGUCAACAAAUAAUACAGCACUGCUUACAUCAGUACAGGAGCACAGCUCCAGAGCAGAGAACCACAGCUCCAGAGCAGAGAACCACAGCUCCAGAGCAGAGAACCACAGCUCCAGAUCAGAGAUCCACAGCUCCAGAUCAGAGGACCACAGCUCCAGAGCAGAGAACCACAGCUCCAGAGCAGAGAACCACAGCUCCAGAUCAGAGACCAACAGCUCCAGAUCAGAGACCAACAGCUCCAGAUCAGAGACCAACAGCUCCAGAUCAGAGAACCACUGCUCCAGAACAGAGAACCACAGCUCCAGAUCAGAGAACCAAAGGUCCAGAUCAGAGAACCACAGCCCCAGAUCCGAAGAGUACAGCCCCAGAUCAGAGAACCCCAGCUCCAGAGCAGAGGACCACAGCUCCAGAUCAGAGAACCACAGCUCCAGAGCAGAGGACCACAGCUCCAGAUCAGAGAACCACAGCUCCAGAGCAGAGGACCACAGCUCCAGAGCAGAGGACCACAGCUCCAGAUCAGAGACCAACAGCUCCAGAUCAGAGAACCACAGCUCCAGAACAGAGAACCAGCCUUGUAUUAAAAGAGAGAGUGAGCUGGAAGAGUUCGGUGGAGGUGAUGCUGCUUUGGUCGACACUCCUGUGACCACUGAACAGGAUCACACUGAUACGAGAGAGAAACAAUAUGAUUGUUGUCUGCAGCAGCAUCACGGAGAAAAGCAGACUACUGAAGUAAAGAUUAAACAGGAGGGGUUCUGGGAUGCUGAAUUAGGAGGAGAGAAGGCGAGAGAUGGCGUACACAGCACUGAGGAAAUAUCCACCAGACAUCUCAGUGAUGAAUCUGCUGACAGACGGACAUUUUCAGCUCAUCCACAGGACAGAAGCUUUUUUGAAAAUAAUUUACACGACCCUGAAGGGUGUGUUUUAAAAGUGCAUUCGAGCUCAGAGACUGAAAGCACACACACUUAUCUCCUACCAAAGCCCGUCAGGAGACGCACGGCCUCCAGGUUCAAGGAGGAGAAGCGAUUUGCGUGUCCGCUCUGUGCAAAGUGCUUCAAGUGUUUCAGCCAGCUGGAAAUCCACAAGCGGAGUCACACAGGUGAGAAGCCGUACAGGUGCACACUGUGCGGAAAGAGGUACGCACAGAAAGGUCACCUGUACACACACCAGCGCACACACACCGGAGAGAAGCCAUACCGCUGCAUGCACUGUGGCAAAGCUUUCAUCCAGAAGUGCUCUCUGGAUAUGCACCAGAGAACUCAUACCGGAGAGAAACCCUUCAUCUGUGUCAAAUGUGGGAAAGGCUUUACCAAGAAAUUCAAUCUGAACAAACAUCUGGCUGUACAUUCAGAUGUCACAUCUGGCUUCAGUGAUCUAAAUGUCAGAACUGUAAACGGACCCGGGCUCUGCUCCUCAAGCAUCGAUCACUGAGAUUUCAAUAAUGAUUUGACACCCCAAACUUCACUAACACUUUUACAUGCUGGCUAACUUUCCUGAAAUCGCCUUACACAUUGCUGUUUCAGGGAGUGUUAGCUGAGUAAUGUUAGCUGAGUAAUGUUAGCUUCGUUUUCUAGCAAAUGAACAUGAACUUGUAGCAACCUGUGGUAAGUUAAAUAGAUAGUAAAGCUAAUGUUACCUAACUAACAUUAACUGAAUCAGUAACGUGGUAAAGUCAUUUAAUUAAUAUCAGCUAACUUAGCAAAGAGAUAGAUAACAAAGAGAUCUACUGAACUAGCAUUAACUGAAAGAGCUAGAUAACAUUAGCUUCAUUAGUUAGCUAGUUCAGUUAAUUUUAAAAAUUAAAAUAAAAAAAUUAAAAUAAAAAUUAAUGGAAAAAGCAAGUUCUAUAAGGUAAUUUUAGGUCUCCGACAGUAUUAGUUAGGUAAUGUUAGCUUUGUUAUCUAGCUAACUAACAUUAACUGAAACAUCACUUGAGGAUAAGGUAAUGUUAGCCAAGUUAGAAAGAUUGCAAAACAAUCGUUACCUAGUGUUAAUGGAAACAGCAACUUCUGGGAAGGUAAUUUUAGCUCUUAGUUAAUGUUAGUUAGGUAAUAUUAAUUUUGUUAUCUAGCUAACUAACAUUAACUGAAACAGCAACUUGUAGCAAGAUCAUUUUUGGCUAGGUUAAUUAUGUAACAUGAGUCACAGAGUUAGUUGGUUUGGAUUACUGUGAUUUAGCAAGCUAGCUAUCUUAGCUAAAAUACUUUACCACAGGUUGCUAUUUCAGUUCAGUUAUCUAGCUAAGUAGCGCUGCAUGAUAACUAUUGCUAGCUAACUAACCACACCUUAGAAAAAUCAUCCCCCUUUUCCGAAUUCAUCUUAAUAUUUAAUUAUGCUGUGUGAAAUUAAUAAGACUUUGACAUUACUUGGGUGAUUGCCUAGCUAAUUACCUAUUUUGUGUGGAUUUUUAUUUCUCUGCAUAGCAAGAUUUUUAAAGGCUGUUGUUGAGAUUUAGCCUUUUUUUUCUUGUGAAAUGGGUUCCAAUAACAUUUGGAGGGAGGAAAAAUUUGUUAUAAUGCUUUUUUUUUUACCAAGCUGAAAAAUAUUAAAGUAUUUAAAUAUAGCUAUGGCCCAACGAUUCUCUUGUAAAAUGUUUUAUUUCAGAAUUCAAACACUGUAAGUAGAUAACUUGGCUAUCGUUAGCUAGCUAACAUAAACAGAACCACCAGUGCACUAACUGUAUAUAAUGUAAACCAUUAUUAUAUGUUUUCAGCCAAACUUUAAUGAAAAACAUUUUACGAAAGGUAAUGAUUGUAGAAAUUUUGAAUUAUUUUCAUCCCUUCAGCUUUAUCAUAUUUUCUCACAGCUUUGGCGAAGCUGCUAAUCGAUGUCACUUGAAUUUAAUGUCAAGAAUUGAAUGGAUCUGUCACAUGAUUAAAACAUGACAGCAUGGAGGAAGGGGUUGUAGCUCGGCUGUAAGGUUUCCAAAACAGAAAUGUUUCAUUUAUUUCUGUUUAAAUGCUGUCCAAAGAACAGGUGAGUAAAAAUAAUAAUCUUCUACAACACACUACUGUAGUAUUGUAAACUGUGAUGAAAUGCUGGGGUGUUAAAACUCAAUCACUGGGAAGUGUCAAUCGUUCUGAUCCACAAGUUCUAUAAAAAUCAAGUGUGUGCAGGGUAACAGCUCACGGAUUCACCAGAUUAAUGCGUUCAUGUAAAAAAAAAGUCUCUAUUAAAAACAUCACACAGUCAAAUGGUAUGAAAUGUUAUUUCCUAGAGAAAAAAUACACUAUCUCUAAUUUUCA